AUGGAUUCAGAAAUCCAUUUACGCUUUUCUUUAUUGGCUAGCCGAAGCGGGCUUUUAGAGCCUGUUUGUGAAGAUAAGCCCACCAGGAGAGCAGAGCCCUCUGAAAGAACCGACCGCCUCUCCCUAACCGAUGACCUUCAUUUACCUGUUGCUGCACCCGAAGUUCCCUCCUCACCAAGACAUGAAUUUCCUGCAGACUGGAGUAUUAAAACACGACUUUUAUUUAUGUCUUCCCAACCUUUCACCUGGGCAGAACAUUUAAAAGCACAAGAGGAAGCUCAAGGAUUUGCUCAGCAUUGUAGAGCUACAGAAACAAACCUGCCACAGAGCGUACAGGAACCAAAACUCUCCACAGAACUGCGUUGUGCCUUUCAGCAAAGCCUCGUUUACUGGCUUCACCCUUCACUGCCAUGGCUGCAGCUCUUCCCUCGGAUUGGAGCAGACAGAAAAAUAGUGGGAAAGGCCAGUCCUUGGUCACAGGAUGAAGCCUUGCAACAAGUGCUAAUGAGCGACUGGUCUGUCAGCUUUACUUCUCUCUACAAUCUGCUGAAAGCCAAACUGUGUCCCUACUUCUAUAUAUGUACCUACCAGUUUACCGUCCUGUUCCGUGCGGCUGGUCUUGCGGGAAGCGACGUUAUCACAGCUGUAAUUUCUCCCACAACUAGGGGUUUAAGGGAAGCCAUGAGAAAUGAAGGCAUAGAGUUUUCUUUACCUUUGGUGGAAGAAAGUAGAACCAGGAAACAGAAAAACUCUGAAGUGAAUUUGGAAACAGAAGUUGUUAACAGCCACGAAGUGGGCAACAGCAUGGAAGACGGAGAGGAACCAGCUCCAAGUGAUGAUGAUGACGAUGAUGAUGAAAGUUUCUCUUGGCUUGAGGAGAUGGGAGUCCAGGACAAGGUUAAGAAACCGGAUGCUAUUUCUAUUAAACUUCGUAAGGAGAAGCAUGAGGUGCAGAUGGAUCACAAACCCGAAUCCCUUGCGUUAGUGAAAGGAACGAACACCUUCACCUUGCUGAACUUCUUGAUAAGCUGUAAGAGCCUUGUGGCUGUUGCAGGUCCACAAGCAGGGCUUCCACCAACUUUGUUGUCCCCUGUUGCUUUCCGAGGUGGAACAAUGCAAACGCUCAAAGCUCGAAGUACAAAUGCCAAGGCCAGGGUUCAGUCGGCCUACGAGGACAUAUUCAGUUUGGAGAUCGCGGGGCCCGUCAUGCCCCAUUCCCUGCAUUCGCUGACCACGCUGCUCAAGUCCGCGCAGAGGGGAGCCUUCUCUGCCGUGUUAUACACACACGAGCCAACGGCCGUGUUUAACGCUCACCUUGACAACGCAAGCCCUGCCUUAAACAAGGAAACCAUAUGCAAAGAUCUUCCUACGUGUGGACUGCAUCCUAAGACUUUGGAUCAACUGAGUCAGCGUCCAACAUUGGGAAAAUCUUCCAUCCGCUUUCUGGAAAUGAAGGAUUACGCGUAUACCUGGAAGUCCUAG